CUUUUACCAAGUGCAUGCCGUACAUGUUUUGCUGUAGAGACAGAAAAUAACAUGGCGGAGAGAGAAAGCAAUGUGGUAUUCCAAUCGGACUGGAUUAGAGAUUGGCAAUGUAAAAUGGCCGUUGGUGGCUUCACCCCUCCGACGCCAAAUGUGCGGCAUAGUAGGGGCGGGGCGGAUGUGUGGGCGUGGUUUAUUCCAUUCCGCGGGAAAAUCGCUUGUUCUUCCUGUUAUCACAACCGGUCGGCAAGGUGGGCUUUCAUUAGGCUACGACUCCAGGCUGCUCAAGUUUUCACAGGGCUUAUUAAUCAUGUCGCAGGCUCUGGUAACAGAUUUCUUCUCUCGUCGUAAGAAAAGGACGGCCGAUUCGGUCAAACCGAGUUGUGCUGAUGCUGCUGCUGCUGCUGGUCGUGGCUCGUCCCAAAGCAGCGCGGUCAAAACAAGAGCAGUCGCCUCUUCCUCUUUAAACGAAGACCUUUUCUCGAAGUCGUCACCAAGUCAAGUCCGUGAUGACCUUCUUCCAAUCGUCGACGCGGUAGCAAGUUUACCGAAAGGAGCGUCUGAUCUUUGCAAGAAGCUCAAAGAUAACCCCCCCACAGCUCGGAUUCCAAAGCGAACCUCUCCAAAUGCAAAACUCGGGACGGACGCAGUGUUGGGCUCCACGGAACACAGCGCAGCAAAGAAGCGUCAAAUGGAAGUUUGUUCUCUCGACACAAUGAAGGUUCAAGCAAAAACGACCAAAUUGAGCAGAAAAAAACGUAUCCCCGCUCAUCCCAACGAACAGGCUCAUUGUGGAGAAACGAUUACGUCCCAUAAUCCGCUCCUUCAUCGGCUCAAAAAACAAGCCGAUGACUCCGGCACGACUUGUGUUUCGCCAUCAUCCGUUUCAUCCUCCGUUGCUGUGUCAAGGGCAGCUGUGACACGAGCCAAAGAGCUUGCAGCUAAAGCUAAGAAGGCCAAGGAGAAAGACUCGGAGGAUGAAAAGUUACAGAAAGAGCUGCAAUUUGAGGAGAGGGUUCACCAGCCAGCAUACCAGAAGUAUCACAACCUAGCCCAGGACACUCCCCCGGGCCUCUCCCUGCCCUACCACUUCAAGAUGCUGGCUGAGAUGUUUAGGAACACGGACACGGUGGUCGCCAUGCUUUUCAACCGUUUGGAGACUGCCACUUUGGCCAAGAUCAAAAAGGGAGUCCAGGACAUGAUGCACAGACGCUUUGAAGAACACCACAUUGGCCAAAUGAAGACUGUCUUCCCUGAGGCCUACGCCUUCAGACAGGAAAAGAACAUCCCAACAUACAACAACUGUAUCAAGAAAAGCAGCUACCAGCUGACUGUGGAACCUGUACUUUUCUGUGGCCAAAAGGAAGGUCGACCCGCAUUGACGGCCUCUGAUCUUUUGGAGAGACGACGCAUCUUCCAUCACAAGCUGCUUUCCAUUGUCAAACAGCACCACAAGCUUUUCCUCUCCUCGUUAAAACCUCCACUUUGCGUGCCAGAAGACAAAUUGACGCGCUGGCACCCGAACUUUAACGUGGACACGGUCCCAGCUGUGCAAGCAAGCUUACUGCCGCAACCUCCUCGCGUGGACAAACUGGCAACUGCACAGGAGGUUUUGGACAAGGCCCAAUCUCUCAUCACACCCAAGAUGGAGAAAGCACUGGUUUCUCUGGUUGAGAAGGCAGGAGAUAAAAAAGAGACGUCGCCACAAAAUGUGACCCGCGAGCAAGCAUCAGCUUCACUUUGUAUUCCAAAUGUCCUGAAUGGAGUGUCGCAGUCCUUGUUAGUCAGAAUUAGGGCAAAGGAAGCCCAGAAGCUGCAGGCAGCCAUGACUCGAAGUCCAUCUCAGGAAGAACGUCUCUCCAUGAUGUCCCGGCUCGGGGAGCUAGCUCGGAUUCUUCGGAAUGUUUUUGUGUCUGAAAAAAAACAAGCUUUAAAUAUGGAAGUCCUUUGUAAGCGGAUGGUCACCAGCUCCAGAUCAGCUUUCACUUCAGGUGAAAUGGAGAAACACAUCCGAUUGCUGGCGGAGCUCAACCCCCAGUGGCUCUCCAUACAUCCAGUCAGGAAGGACUUGUACCUUAAAUUGAACAAGCACUUGGACCUGAGUGUAAUUCUGGACAAAUUGACUUGUAACCUUGGCCAAGAGGAGAAAUACUAACUGCAAUUUGGUGAGCCCGUCACAUGAACUCGAUCACCUCAUUCAUGAAGGGCUGCUAUGCAAAUGUUUAAGGAAUCGUGUUUUGUUCCCCUCAAUUUGUUGUAUUGCUUGCAGUUUUUUAUACGGGUAUAGCUGUAGAUAAUUGAUACUUUUGUGAGCAAGUAUUAACGAGCAAAAAUUAAAGGAACACAAACACCUCACGUCAUCUGAGAAAGUUAGCGUUGGACAGGAAGGCGAAUGUUUGGCUCCAUUUACUUCUUAAUGAAUGACACGCGGCGGUCGUGACACUUUUUGGGAGGGUUAAAAACAGCCUCACAAACCCACUUUUGAACACUGUUUAGUUAACUUUUACUAUACCUCCAUCAAUGAAUUGUCAUUAUUCAUUUGAAAAGAUCGUAUAUAUUUUGUGGUCAGUACUGAACCAGAGAGAAUACACUGUGCGCUUUCAGUUUGUCAACGCCUUUCAGUUCCGUCAGCUCAAUCACCACCAUGCAGCCUUGAA